UUGAUUUCCUUUUAGUUGUAUAGUAAGAGACUCGAAAGUGGAGACCUCGGAUGCAACCAAACCCUCGCGAUGUCCGGCGGUCGAUGCGGCGGCGGGCCUCCCGGCAACGGCAACAACCCCGGUCCAGGGGGUGGUUGGGAGACUAUUGAGAAUAAGAAGAAAUCAGGGCAGACAUCUGGGAGGGGACAAUGGGCGCCACGGACUUCAUCCUCCAAUGCUCCACCCGCUACAGCACGGCAAGCUUGGAAUGGCAAUGGGUCUUCGCGUCCUUCAGGAAAUAAUUGGGCUCAACCUUCUGGUCGUGGGCCUGCUGCCAGAGGCAAUCCCAGGGCAUCAUCACAAGCAAGGUCUACAGAACCAGGAUUGCAAGCGCCAAACCCAGCUGUCACCCCACCUCUGCUAAAUGGUUGGCAGUGGGCAUCAAGGCCUCGCCCAUCUCGUCCUGAAAGCAACAACGAUGAUGUUGCUUCCUCUUGUUUCGACCCUGAGAUGGAUGAUCCUCAAGUCGAGGACUCGUCAGAUGAUGAUGAUCUUAAUGAUGAUGAUGAUGACAUGAGCGAUGACUAUGAUUCCGAUGCAUCGGAGAAAAGUUUCGAAACCCGAAAAACAAACAAGUGGUUCAAAAGUUUUUUUCAGGAGACCGAUACCUUAAGUGUGGAUCAGAUACAUGAGAGACAGUCGCAUUGUCCGGCAUGCCAAAAUGGACCAGGAGCAAUUGCCUGGUUCAAAGGGCUGGAAUCUUUGGUCAGACAUGCUAGAACAAUGGGUUCUAGGAGGGUUAAGCUCCACAGGGAAUUGGCUGCAUUGCUGGAAGAGGAGAUGUCUCGCAGGGGAUCUUCUGUGGUACAGCCCGGCGAGCACUUUGGGAAAUGGAACGGAUUGGCAGAAAGCACCGACCGGCAGAUAGUAUGGCCACCAAUGGUGAUUGUGAUGAACACAAGACUGGAAAAGGGUGAAGAUGAUAAGUGGUUAGGCAUGGGCAACCAAGAGCUGCUCGGAUAUUUCAGUGAUUAUGCUGUGACCAAAGCACGCCAUGCAUACGGUCCUCUUGGGCACCGUGGCAUGAGUGUGCUAAUAUUUGAAAGCUCUGCCGUGGGCUAUAUGGAGGCAGAACGUCUGCAUAGGCUCUUUGUUCAUCAAGGAACAGACAGGGACACAUGGAACAAACGCAGGGUUCCUUUCUUGCCUGGUAGCAAAAGACAAUUAUAUGGUUUCCUAGCCUUAAAGGAAGACAUGGAGGAUUUCAAUAAGCACCACCCAGGGAAAAACCGCCUGAAAUAUGAGAUGAGAUCUCAUAAUGAGAUGGUAGUGGCCCAGCUGAAACAAAUGAGUGAAGAUAAUCAAGAACGGAAUUAUCUCAAGAACAAGGUGGUUAAGACAAAGCAACACUCUAAAGCUGUUGAAGAAAGCCUGGGUUUUGUUGCCCAGAAACAUCGAGAGUCCAUACAAGAGAAUAUAUUCGUCAGGCGUAAAGCCAAGGAAAAACACGAUGAGUAUGAGGAGGAGAUGAAAUCCCAGGAUCAAUUCUUCCAUGAUCAGAUAGAAAGCAUGCGCAGGGCCAUGGAGGAAAAGGAACGUGAGUUUGAGAGGUUGCUGCAGGAGGAGCGUGCCAAGGCUAGACAGUGUCAUGUGGACGAUUCUGGGACCACCGAAAAUCGCAGGCUAAGGAAGGAACAGGUACAGCGGUUCAUAAACUCCCAGGUUAAGGACGUGCAUGAGUUCGAGGCUGAAAGAGACGAACUGAUAAAAGCACACGAGGAGAAGAAGGUGCAGCUCAAGAAAGAGUACAUGCCAAAGGAGAUGGAGCUCGAGGAGGAGUUUGAUGCCGCUCUUACCGGUCUGAUGGAGAAACACAGGCCCGGGACCUUCCAGGCCCCCAAUGGCUCUUGAAGAUCACAGUACAUAGGUUUUCGAUCCGGUUUCCCUUAUAAACUGGAUCACUCUCCUGGCAUACUGGCUGGUUAGGAAACCUCGACUUGAUUAGGGAAACUGAGCCUGCAGGAGUGUAUGUAUCACCACCCAUCUAACAGCUUUCCUGCUUUGCCUCGGGUAGCCAACGUCGAAUGGAAAUCCGUUCUAGGACUUCAGGUGUAUGCAAGAUUAGGAAACCUCAACUUGAUUGGACCUGUCAUCUUGCUCUGCUUUAGAAUUUCAGAUAGAACGUAUCCAAAUUAUCGUGUCAUCUUUUCAGAAUUUCAAAUGGUUCCUCUGCUGGUGUCAUUGCCAGAGAGAAGAGUUCGAGCUCUUUUCAAAACACAUGAUGAGAAAAGUCAUUGGUGAAAAGCUGAGUUGCUUUGAGGUUUAUACUUUUGUAACUUUAUCACCAUUUGCUUUAUCUAGUCACAUUCUUUCUUGUCCUCUUCUUCAUCACCUGGAACAGCCAGUGUUUGCUAUUUGUCAUGCGAAAACCGCCAAAAGUUCUUGGCCUCUGUGACCCCGGACACUCCGGUGCCGUCACCGGAGAAGAAGGCUUGAAUCAUGCAUGUCACCACUCUGCUUUGCUUAGCAGAAACAAUAGCAAUAUGCUCUAAUUCUUGGCUUUGAAUGACAAGAAGAAGAAAAAAUGCUCAGAUUUGAGGCUUCCUUCCUUGCCACUAAACAGAAAUGCCACAUUUUUGAAAUUUGGCGAGUAUUAUGCCCUGGGCCAAACGUGUGUUAUAAUGGGCGAAUCUCAUAAGGGCGAGUCAACUCCAAAAACACGCCCGUACUUCAGAAUGUAGGCUGCAAAUCUCACGUGCAUUGUGUUUUAACCAAAAACCCGAACUGAAUUGUCACCAAAGUUAGUACGAGCUAUUUGUGUUGCUGUUUUCAUAUAUCCAAAUUAGUACGAAAAACGAAACCAUGGCUUUCGGCUUAACUGAAUGUCCACCCAGAUCUGCAUGCCAUGGCUUCAUCUUCUGGCCUCAACCCCCUUCCUACCUUGUUGAAAUCUGCAACUAUUGAUCUCAUUUGGUUGAUCAGUUAUAAAUUGUACAGACAUAAACUGACCUGAAGAUGAGACAUCGACAGUGCCUUGAACUGAGAGCACCAUCACCAUGGUCUAGCUAUCUCCUCCAUGAAGAGAUAGAUGCAUUGCUAGUCUCUCUCAUGGGUUGGUGCUUUCACUUCAAGCACAAUCGACGCCUAGAUCUCCUUUCCAGACAGCCAUGAAGAAAGAUGCGCAGGUAUCCAUGGCUGAUGAUGCGCCGCCAUCUUCGAACUCGGUAAAUCACCAAGCCAUGGCACUGUUAAUCAUGAAAGCUGAUUUCUGAAUGGUAACAGUCACAACAAUAUGUAGCUAACACUAAAUAUCAUGGCACCAUUUUUUAGCAGCCUCAAUUUUAUUCAAAGUUGUAACUGGGGUCGUACUGAGAUGCAGCAGCUAUUGCUUCAUGAGCUCGUACUGAGAUGCAGCAGCUAUUGCUUCAUGAGCUGCCGCUUGGAGACAGGCUGUCUCCGUCCUCCUCUUAUACUCGUCCGUCUCCUCCCUGGUUAUAACAUAUCUCUCUUUUGCCUGAGAGUCAAAAAAAGCAGGAACAGGGAGAGCGACGUGGUAGGUGCAUCAUCUGUCAAAGAUUAGUCGAUACUGGAGGAACUGAUCGUUCCUCUCAACAAACUGAUGACAAACCAUGGCCUCAUAAUCUAGAUAAACAGGAGGCACGACCCAAAUAAUAUCAGCCAAAUCGUCAGAGAUGGCAGCACCCAAGAUCAUUCGUUAGAUACUUGCUGUUAUCUACUACUCCCUCCGUAAACUAAUAUAAGUGCGUU